AUGGGCUGCGUGCACGGCCGCCCCACCACCUCCAGCCCCGCGCCCGUCGCCACCUCCUCCCGCCGCCGGGACCAUCCCGCGGUCACCCAGCCGCAGCAGGAAGGGGUCGAUUCCUCCGACGCCGCCGCAACGGUGCCGCCGGCGGACGCCGCGGCGCCGGACCAGCAGGCGGCCGAGAAGCCCGAGAAGGUCAAGCGGGAGCGGCGGUCGCGGUCGUCACGCUCCGCAGCCGCCGCCGCGGCAGCGGCGCACGCCGAGGUGCGCCUGGGAGGGAGCUUCGCCAACAAGGCGCGCGGCGAGCAGGUCGCCGCCGGCUGGCCCGCCUGGCUCUCCGCCGUCGCCGGCGAGGCCAUCGGUGGCUGGACCCCUCGCCGCGCCGACUCCUUCGAGAAGAUCGACAAGAUCGGCCAGGGCACGUACAGCAAUGUGUACAAGGCGCGGGACUCGCUGAGCGGCAAGAUCGUGGCGCUCAAGAAGGUGCGCUUCGACAACCUGGAGCCCGAGAGCGUGCGGUUCAUGGCGCGCGAGAUCCUCAUCCUGCGCCGCCUCGACCACCCCAAUGUCAUCAAGCUCGACGGGCUCGUCACCUCCCGCAUGUCGUGCAGCCUCUACCUCGUCUUCGACUACAUGGUCCACGAUCUCGCCGGCCUCGCCGCCAGCCCCGACAUCAAGUUCACGCUGCCCCAGGUCAAGUGCUAUGUGCAUCAGCUGUUGUCAGGGCUCGAGCACUGCCACAACCUGGGAGUGCUACAUCGCGACAUCAAGGGAUCAAAUCUGCUUUUGGACAACAACGGUGUGCUGAAGAUUGGUGAUUUCGGUCUGGCGUCCUUCUUCGACCCCAACCAUAAACAGCCAAUGACGAGUCGGGUGGUGACACUCUGGUACCGCCCUCCAGAGUUGCUGCUGGGUGGAACACUGCAUAAAAUUUUUAAGCUAUGUGGCUCUCCGACGGAAGAAUAUUGGAAAAAAUCAAAGUUGCCUCAUGCAACUAUAUUUAAGCCUCAACAGCCAUAUAAAAGGCGAAUAGCGGAUACAUUCAAAGAUUUCCCUCAAACAGCAAUUCGACUGAUUGAGACACUACUUGCAAUUGAUCCAGCUGAUCGGUUAACAGCAACUUCUGCAUUAAACAGUGACUUCUUUGCAACAGAGCCUUAUGCGUGUGAACCAUCAAGUCUGCCCCAAUACCCACCAAGCAAAGAGAUGGAUGCGAAACGAAGAGACGAACAAGCUAGACGCUUAAGGGCUGCUGGUGGUAGAGCUAAUGGAGAUGGAACAAGGAAAACAAGGACACGGGAUCGGCCUAGGGCUGUUCCAGCUCCAGAGGCAAACGCCGAACUGCAAGCAAAUAUUGAUAAAAGAAGGUUAAUAACUCAUGCAAAUGCGAAGAGCAAGAGUGAGAAGUUCCCACCACCGCACCAGGAUGGUGCGCUUGGAUUUCCCUUGGGCUGUUCGAAUCACAUGGAACCUUCAUUUGAGCCCCCAGACCCUUCUUCCUUCAGCACCAUAUUUCCUUAUGACAAAAGUGCAGUGCCUACCUGGUCCGGACCAUUGGCAGACUCUGCAGCUAGCAACCAGAAGCGGAAACACCCAGCAACUGCCCGUGCUAGAUGA